AAUGCCUAGUUACAUGCACCCUUACGUUAUGAAACAGAACUAGCACGUAAUAAUAUUACGUGCAUGUGUUGGGGAAUUUUCGUUUGAAGGAGAUGUCAGCUGGAAAUUGCGAACUGUCAAACAGUCGUUUGUAACUGGCGCGUUGUGAUUGUGUACAUAAUUUUCAUUGUCUAAAAGCAGUAAGGAUGAGUUCUGACGAUUCUGACGAAGAACCUAUGACAAUGACGCCACCAGAAAUAAUGCAGCAAGCUGCAGCAACGUCUGACCAUCUUAUUCCAGAAAAAUCAAAACUGAAAUAUGAAUGCACAUACCAUAAAUUUAUGGACUGGCGUAUUAAAAAUCAUGCAAAGUCUUUUUCGGAAAAUGUGUUAAUGGCGUAUUUUGGUCACAUUAGACCUCAGUUUAAGCCAACAUCACUUUGGGCAAUGUAUUCUAUGUUACGGACAAUGAUUGGAAUAAAACACAAUGUAAAUAUUGCCAACUAUCCUAAAUUAAAGGCGUAUCUAAAAAGACAAUCAGAUGGAUAUCAUUGUAAGAAAUCAAAAGUUUUUACGGCAAGUGAAGUUAACAAAUUUAUUAAAGAGGCCCCACAUAUGGAAAAUUUAUUUAAAAAAGUUGUUCUUAUUAUUGGCAUAAGUGGGGCAUGCAGGAAACAAGAACUGAAGGAUAUUAAAAUGAGUGAUAUUGAAGACACAAGACAUUCACUUGUCAUUCAUAUUCCUAAGACAAAAACUGAAAAAUCUAGAUCCUUCGUAAUAUCGGGAAAUUUUUAUAAUAUUUGCAUGGAGUACAUAAAUUUUCGACGCAACGUAACUGAGCCAAGUAUUACUCAGUUAUUUCUCAACUUCCAAAACGGAAAGUGCACAAAACAAGUAGUCGGAGUGAACAAAAUAGGACAAAUACCAAGACAAGUGGCGGAAUAUUUAAAGUUGCCAACCCCUUCCUUAUAUACAGGUCACGCUUUGAGGAGGACAUCAGCAACAAUACUUGUUGAUGCCGGGGGUGAUUUAAUGGCCCUGAAAAGGCACGGGGGGUGGAGUUCGUCAACAGUAGCUGAAAGCUAUGUUGACGAAUCCAUGGCCACUAAAACAUCAACCAGCAACAAAAUAUUGCAGUCCAUUGAAAACCAAGAAAAGCGUGCUACUAUCGGCGUCACAGAAUUGUCUGGAACUGAAAAUUUUCAAGAGAUGCCUUCAACAUCAACGGCCAUAUUUGCACCUACAACUGCAGUAUUAGAGAAAUGUGCUACUACUCAUGGUAAAAGGGUUUUUACUGGCGGACAGAAGGAUAUGACUGGCUGGCCUGCGGCUCGCCAGUCACCUUCUGGGGCCAGUAAAAACCCGUUAUCUUGCAGUGAACUUGGACACACGCGCGCGGACCACCGACCAGCCAUUCGUGUGACGUUCGUCUUCGUCAUAGCUACGUCAUCGCUGGCGCAGUCGCGCAGACUACCGCCGAACACGCGCUCCAUCUAUGUUUCCUAA